UCUCUCUCCAGACACUUGUGCAUCCAUAUGGACUCCGCCCAGGCCUCCGCGCUCAAAAAGCUCAUUUCAACCCUGAAAGAGCAGCCAGAGCUUCUGAACGAGCCCUCCCUCGCCUUCUUCAAGGACUACCUCACCUCGCUCGGCGCAACGAUCCCGGCGGCAAAGGCAGCGCACACGCACGGCCACGACUCGGCCCACGACUCGCACGAGCACAAGCACGGGUCGGGAUGCUGCGCGCACGAGCACGAGUCGCAUGACCACGGCCACGACUCGCACUCCCAUGGCCACGGUCACGACAAGGAGCAGCACGGCUCGGAGGACGAGGAGGAGGAGCCGGAGGAGGAGGACCCGGAGCUGAUGGCGCCGGACUCGGACCCGCCGGCGGAGGUGGGUGUUGCAGCGGGCGGCGAGGUCUCGGACGCCGACAUGGACAAGGCGGGCGAGAUGAAGAUGGCCGCCGCCGAGGCCGCCUCCGGAGGCGACUACGCAAAGGCGGUCGAAUGCUACACCUCUGUCCUCAAGCUGAUGCCCUCGCCGCUCGUAUUCGCCAAGCGCGGCGACUGCUUCCUCAAGCUCAAGAAGCCGAACGCAGCGAUCCGCGACUGCGACAAGGCGCUCGAGUCUAACCCGGACUCGGCCAAGGCGCUCAAGGUUCGCGGUAUGGCAAAGCGGUACCUGGGCGACUACGAGGCGGCGCAGAAGGACCUCGCCCUCGCGCAGCGGAUCGACUACGACGACGCGGUCGACGGCAUCCAGCGCUUCGUCAUCAAGCGGUGCGCCGACCGGCAGGCGCGCGCGGCGCGGCGCGAGUACGAGAAGCAGAAGGAGGAGGAGGCGGCGGGCGGAGGCGGGAUGCCGGGAGGCAUGCCGGGCAUGCCGGGCAUGGGCGGCAUGCCCGGCAUGCCGGGCAUGGGCGGCAUGCCAGGCAUGCCCGGCAUGCCAGGCAUGGGCGGCAUGGGCGGCAUGGGCGGUGGGGGGAUGGAGGCGAUGAUGGCGCAGAUGAUGCAGGACCCGGAGAUGCUUGCGGCGAUGUCCAACCCAAAGGCGUCGCCGCCCGUUGGCCCUGUCCUGCAAAAGCUCAUGGGCAAGAUGAUGGGAGGGAUGCCCGGCGGCAUGGCGGAGGCGAUGGGCGGCAUGGGUGGCAUGCCCUCCUCCAUGCCUGGCGGCAUGCCGGGCGGGCCCACCGUCGUCGAGGAGGAGGAAGGGGCAUCGAUCGAGGAGGUGGACUGA